GUUAAUGUCAAUUUCUUUUGGUAGUAGGGGUUUUUGUAGGGUUAUAUGACGGUAUAUCAAUGUUGUUUUUAUUAAAGAGCGAAAUACUAGGUAAUAUCAGAUUUGUUGUUUUUGGCUUGACUCUGUGUUAGUUAAAUUAUUUACAGCUGACAAUUGUUCGCCAGUACAGGAGAGAUGUUCCCAGUAUCCCCCAGUGGUGGUCUCCUCAAAGGUCUUUGUUGCCCUUGCAGCUUGAGAUUAGCUAGUUGACUAAUUCAGUGCAGUGUUGCUACCCCCUGGCCCCUCUAAAGCCACAUCAAUCACCUUGUUUCACUGAUGCCUUACAUGAUCUGAUGGCGGACUCCAGUAACUAUUCCUUGUUCCUUGACAAUCUGUUUUUUGAGAAACCUGUUGUCCACAAAGUGAAGCCCCUCCAAAAGGAGAUAGGCCUAUGGCACCUAGACGUGGCUCCAUCCCUGACUCCGGAGAGUCAGUGUAUACAGGAAGAGGCUGAAUCACUCUCCACCCUCAACAGUCACUCACAGUCGUCGCGUUCAUUAAAAGUUUUUGCUGGUCUUGAAGACGAGACUUUUUUUAACAACGAGAAUUUUGGAGAGAUUCCGGAGACCCGUGGUGGCGCCAGCAGCAGCAAAAGCAGCAACACAUGUGAUGCCCUGUGGGAAGUCGAAGGAUACAGGGGUUAUUACAGUGGGAGUGACAGAGGAAGAGAUGAAUUCCUGCAGAACACCAGUCAUGUGGAGGACAGCAGGAGGCAUUUGGCUCUGGACGGCUUUAAAGACCCUCCUCUACGGAGAAGCUUGUUCAAGGUUCAGAAGUUGAAGACUGGAGGUGACUCACACAUCUCAAAUAGCAGCAGCAGCAGCAGCGGCAGCAGCAGCAGCAAUCUGACAGCAUCCAGACCUCAAACUUUUCUCACUCCGGUUACCAUGGCGACAACUCUUCCCUCUCAACAGCUGCCCAGGGUGACAGUUUGCAAAGCAGAUCUUCCUCCCCUCCCACGAAGGCCCCCUCUGCCGCCUCCGCUUCUGGGCUCAUCUGCGGCAUGUGGUCGACCCACGGAGGAGACAGCAGACUCAGAGAUGCUGGACAAGGUCACAAAGAGAGCUUUUGUUCCGCCCAUGACGCCUCAGCCACUCUGCAUACAAGGAUCAUCUGGAGCUGAAGUUUUGCGUCCUGUUUCUGAAAUACCGUCCAAGUUCAGAUCUGUCUUCAAGGACUUCCCGUUUUUCAAUUACGUUCAAUCCAAAGCCCUUGAUGAUAUUCUUUACACAGAUAAAAACUUUGUGGCGUGUGCUCCCACUGGUUCUGGUAAAACUGUGUUGUUUGAACUGGCCAUCAUUCGUCUUCUAAUGGAGACAUCGGAACCUUGGAGAGAUGUGAAGGCCGUGUACAUUGCACCCAUCAAAGCACUGUGCAGCCAGUGCUUUGAGAACUGGCAGAAGAAAUUUGGUCCUGUGGGCCUGAGCUGUAAAGAGCUGACGGGGGACACGGAGAUUGAUGACUUCUUUGAAAUUCAGGACUCCCACAUCAUCUUGACCACGCCUGAAAAGUGGGAUAGCCUGACACGGAAGUGGAAGGACAACUGUCUGCUGCAGCUGGUCAGGCUCUUUCUCAUAGAUGAGGUGCAUGUGGUCAAAGACACGACUCGCGGGGCCACGUUGGAGGUGGUGGUGAGCAGGAUGAAAGCAGUUCAAACCUACAGGAACCUGCUGAAUCCAGAAACAGGCCUUUCUAUGAGAUUUGUGGCUGUGUCAGCCACCAUACCAAACAUCUCUGAUAUAGCAGACUGGCUGUCUAAUGAGAGCGGCCCUGCCACGUAUCUGGAAAUGGAUGAGAGCCACCGUCCCGUGAAGCUGAGGAAAGUGGUGCUGGGAUUCCCCUGCGGCCAGAACCAAACAGAGUUUAAAUUUGAUCUGUCCCUCAACUACAGGAUGGCCAAUGUCAUACAGACAUACUCUGACCAAAAGCCAGCCUUAGUGUUUUGUUCAACAAGGAAAGGAGCCCAGCAGUCGGCUGGAGUGCUGGCGAAAGACGCUCGAUUCGUCAUGAGCAUUGAACACAAGCAAAGAUUGAUACAGUAUGGAAACUCUCUUCAGGAUAUAAAACUGAGAGACUUGGUGAUGUUAGGAGUCGGGUACCACCAUGCAGGAGUUUCCUUGUCUGACAGGAAGGUCAUCGAAGAGGCCUUUACUCGAGGAGAGCUUCCUGUCCUUUUUACUACCAGGACUCUGGCCAUGGGGGUGAACCUGCCAGCUCAUCUGGUGGUAAUUAAGUCCACCACACAGUAUGUGUCAGGCUCCUGUGAGGAGUACAGCGAGGCAGAUCUGCUGCAGAUGAUUGGCCGGGCAGGAAGACCACAGUUUGACACUUCAGCAACCGCAGUGAUCUUGACAAAGGCACAAACCAGAGACAAGUAUGCAAAACUUAUGAAUGGAGCGGAAAUUAUUGAGAGCAGCUUACACUGUCACCUAGUAGAGCACCUGAAUGCUGAGAUUGUUCUCCAGACAGUCAGUGAUGUCAACAUGGCUCUGGACUGGAUACGUUCCACCUUCCUCUACAUCAGAGCCCUCAAGAACCCGGCACAUUAUGGCUUCUCCACCGACUUAGACAGACAUGGAAUUGAAGCAAAACUACAAGAACUUUGCCUGAGGAACCUGAACUCUUUGUCCUCCAUUGAUCUGAUCCACAUGGAUGAAGUCAUCAACAUUAAACCAACAGAUGCUGGCAAGUUGAUGGCCAGGUUCUGUGUUGCUUUUGACACCAUGAAACAGUUCUACCAAGUGACCGGCACUGAGAACCUCUCUGAUUUGAUUGGGCUCCUGUCCAAGAGCAGGGAGUUCAGCGACAUCCAGCUGAGAGUGAAUGAAAAGAAGACACUGAACACUUUGAACAGGGAUAAGAACAGGACCACCAUCAGGUUCCCUCUUGAAGGAAAGAUCAAAACUGCAGAGAUGAAAGUAAACUGUUUGAUACAGGCUCAGCUGAGUUCCAUCUCCAUUCAAGAGUUUGGACUCACACAAGAAACAGUCAAGAUUUUCAGGAACGGCUUGCGCAUCAGUAAAUGUUUGGCAGAGUUAUUGAGUCAAAAAUCCACGACUGGUUUUUCUGCUUUGCUAAACUCCCUGAUCCUGGCAAAGUGUUUCAGAGCAAAGCUUUGGGAGAACUCGCCCUACGUUUCCAAACAGCUGGAGAAGAUCGGUCAGACUUUGUCGACAGCCAUGGUGAAUGCUGGACUCACUACUUUCAGCAAAAUAGAACAAAUUCAUGCCAGAGAACUGGAGCUGAUCGUCAACAGGCAUCCGCCAUUUGGCAACCAAAUAAAAGACUCUGUCAUUCAUCUCCCUAUGUAUGAAGUUACACUGGAACAGCUUCCACGGUACAGCUGUGCUACGGCCGAGAUUGUGGUGAAGGUGAACCUCAAAAAUCAAGCCCAGCUGCUCUCCAAGAGAACGGCCCCAGACCAUCACUAUGUCUCACUGAUCCUGGGAGACACUGACAACAAAGUUGUUUUCCUACAGAAAGUCCCGGACAUGGUUUUGUUGAAGUGUGGAACAUGGUCCAAAAAGAUAGAAGUGGUGAAGGCUUCAAAAGGAGAGGAAAUCAGUGUCAAUCUCAUCAGCUCAGAAUAUGUGGGCUUGGACAUCCAUCAGAAGUUCAAUGUCUACUAUUCUGGAGCCAGAAGGUUUGGUGCUGAUAAUCCCAAUAGUAUAGCACAUGAUCCUCCUGCACCGAGUCCACCAUCCAGACGUCAGGCUUUGUCCCAGCAGGAAAUUACAACAUUUGUGAACAAACAAGGCACAAAUACUGCAGCCGGACCAAACAAACGAGAGUGUAACCACUUCUGCAAGAACAAGGAGCUCUGUGGCCAUGACUGCUGUAAGGUUGGAGUAUCUGUGGCAAAGAAGAGGUCAACGGGUCAAGAAUCCGGUUUCUCCUCCUAUUUGAAUGAUCUGCGGACCAGGUGUGACACACUGGCACAGACUCCUGUCAAGCGACUCAGGAUGAAAAUGGAUGAAACGUCUGUCAACAUACAAGAGUUUGCUUACCAGCCUCAGCCAAAGCUUCCUUCUGUUUACAGGUAUGGACGAGCUCACAGUGAACCAUUAGUGAGACAGAACGCUGAGAUUGUAGAUCUGACAGGAGAAGACUGCUUCGGUCCCACGGAAAGAGUCCAUUUGGACAAUGCUGACAGUGAUUAUUAUGAAAAUGAUGGGGACAUGUACAUGGUGGAAGAGACCUCACAGACCCCUGCCACACAUCAUUCUCACCAUCAAAGUUCCUUUGUGUGGCAGAAACAAGACACAAGUGGUUGGAGUCAAGGCCUUGAGCAGAGUACAAACCAGAUCAAUACUUCCAGCUCUGGUUACUCCCAGAGAGUCAUUCCUGUAACCAGUCAAGUCACUCACGGAGCCACCGCUUCAUCCUUCCAAAUACCACCAGUCAGCUUUGACCUGGGAAAUGAAUGGGACGACUGGAGUGAUUUCGAUGAUGAGAAGUUGGUGCGUGCAGCUCAGACAUCGUACGAACCAGACCCUCAAAUCCGAAAGAAGCAUGAGAACAAGACACCAGCAGCUGCCAUCGUCACUUCCUCCUUAGCCCAACCCAACUUGAACACUACCAGGACACCACUGAGAACAAUUUCGUCCAUGGUCACAGUCAGGCCAGAGAAUAAACACACACUUGACUGUAAUAAUAAGAGAUUGAGCAUCAUCCAUAAACAGACAUUAAAUACAUUAGAAACUUGCCUUAAACAGACGCCUGAGCCUCAGGCAGCCAUGGGGUUUGAUUUCUUUUCAACACUAAGUGUCGGAGCAAACACCGGCUCACAUGUCAGCCAAAGGUAUAAACGUAUUGCUUCAUUAAAAGGAUUUCCUUUUUGUCUAAUGAAAAUGUUUUUGGGAUAAACAUUAAAAAACGUUAUUGAUGUUUUCCAUUUUUAUUGAGGUAAACCUCAAUAAAAACAUGCUUUCUUUCUCUGACAAAUCUUUUCUU